ACCGUUAUGUUGCAGGGCGCAUGCUCACUCCCAAGUUUCCUGGUGCCUUUUCUAUUCCACCUUAUGAAACUUUUUCCCCGGCGUGGUCUCACGCGCGAUUUAAGGCAUAGGUGUCGCCGUGCCCGGAGGCUGCGAGUCACCCGGAGUGAGGGGAAAGGCCGGGGCAGCGCGGCGGGAGGUGCAGGAAGAGGGCAGACAAGGCGGGAAGGUGGGCUCCGGGAGCCAGGGGAUUCAGGCGCCUCCACCGCCACUAGCGGGGAGCAGCGGGGAGGAGGGGGCCGCAGUCGGAAGAGGGGAUCCCACCAUGCCCAAAGUCUUUCUGGUGAAGAGGAGGAGCCCGGGAGUCUCGGUCCGCAGCUGGGAUGAGCUCCCGGAUGACAAAAGGGCAGACACCUACAUCCCAGUGAGCCUGGGCUGUCUGCUCUCCGACCCCCCCGAGGACUGCCGCAGCGACGGCGGCAGUAGCAGCGGUUGCAGCAGCAGCAGCAGUAGCAGUAGCACCGGGGAGCCCGGAGGCACCGAGAGCAGCUCGUCCCCGCGCGCACCGGAGCCUGAAACCCCAGAGCUCCACGACGCCGAAGGCCCCGAUGGACACCUGGCAGCGAUGCAGCGGCCGGUUGCCAGGUCAAAAAUCAAGUUUACCACAGGCACGUGCAAUGACUCCGUGAUUCACAACUGCGAACUGUGUGGCAAGAGCUUCCGCCUGCAGCGCAUGCUCAACCGUCACCUCAAGUGCCACAACCAGGUAAAGAGGCACCUGUGCACCUUCUGCGGCAAGGGCUUCAAUGACACCUUCGACCUAAAGAGGCAUGUACGCACACAUACAGGCAUUCGCCCCUACAAAUGUGAUGUGUGUUACAAAGCCUUCACGCAGCGAUGUUCCUUGGAGUCCCACCUGAAGAAGAUCCACGGUGUGCAGCAGCAGUAUGCCUACAAGCAGCGCCGGGACAAGCUCUAUGUGUGUGAGGAUUGUGGCUACACGGGCCCCACCCAGGAGGACCUGUACUUGCACGUGAACAGUGCCCAUCCGGGUAGCACGUUUCUCAAAAAGACUUCCAAAAAGUUGGCGGCCCUUCUGCAGAACAAGCUGACGGCCCCGCUGCAGGAGAAUUCCACCCUGAGUGAAGAGGAGGAAAAAAAGUGAAGAGAGAGAGAAAGUGGAGGAGAGACGCUCAGUGCCACGUUUACUCGGUCGGACUCUAGGUUCUGAGGCGUACCUCUCCUCUGCUUCACGGGUUCUUUUCAGUGACAAGUAUUCAGUCCACCUCUUCUUUUAGGACAUCAACAGUAAGAUGCACUCCAAAGUCGUCAGUCAUUCUGCCACAACAGGCCCUGGACCCUGUGUCUGUUUUCUUGGUGGCUGAGAUCACGUACGGGUUUGUGUGUGUGUGUGUGUGUGUGUGUGUGUGUGUGUGUGUGUGUGUGUGUGUGUGUGUGAUGUGUAUUUUUUUUUCUGAUGGAAUUUUCACACAUGAAUAGAGGGGUGUUCUUAAAGAGACCAUCAUCUUAUGGUGCCUUGAAAUGCUUCUCAAGCAAGGAAAAUGUAUAUUCUUCUGAAAGAGUUUACAGAAACUAUUUUAAUAAAUGAAAUGUUCAUGUGAAACUUCUCUUUAAAAAACAAAA